UUCCUUCCUGAUUCACCAUCAAGACUCCUGCAGGCUAAGCAGAGCCAGCCUAUACCCAUUGCAGCUGGUUUCACUGCCAACGAAGGCUCCUACCUACUACUCUUUGGUGCCCCCACCUUACACCUGCAGAACGCCAGCAACGUCGGUAUGGAGGAGCUGCUGCAGGUGUUGAAGCUCAUCGUGCCAGGGGCACCAGAAGAAGCCGUCCAGGCUGUGGCUUGGUGGUACAGCCAGGAGGGGGAGAAGCAAGGAAAGGCACAGUAUCGAUGGGCCAUGGAACAAAUUGCUGGUGACUACGCCAUUGUGUGCCCAGUAGCCGAGCUGGCUAGGCGAGAAGCAGAGGCCGGCAAUCCCGUGUUUGCCUACAGCUUCAACCAGCGCCCCAGUGGAUUGUCUACAGCAGAAUGGACAGGGGUGCCACAUGGCUCUGAGCUCCCCUAUCAGUUCGGAACUCUGUGGUCCCUGGCAGGAGCCAACUCCACGCACACAGAGGCUGAGGAAGUGCUGAGCCGCACGGUGAUGCAGUGGACUGCGGAGUUUGCCAGGACCGGGUAA